CGGGAGCUGAGGCGGGACCGGGACCGGGACCGGGACCGGGAACUGAACCGGGAUCGGGAGCGGGAUCUGAGCCGGGAUCCGAGCCGGGAGCGGCCCCGCGGGCCCGGCCAGGCCGACAUGUACGCGGGGCUGCAGGAGCUGGGAGUGGCCAACGGCGAGGAUCUCAAGGAGACCCUCACGAACUGCACGGAGCCGCUGAAGGCCAUCGAGCAGUUCCAGACGGAGAACGGGGUGCUGCUGCCCUCGCUGCAGUAUGCCCUGCCCUUCCUGGACCUGCACGGCACCCCCCGGCUCGAGUUCCACCAGUCCGUGUUCGAUGAGCUGCGGGAGAAGCUGCUGGAGAGAGUCUCGGCCAUCGCUUUGGAGGGGAAGGUCGAGGAGAGAUACAAGAAGCUGGAAGAUCUCCUAGAGAAGAGCUUUUCCCUGGUCAAGAUGCCCUCGAUACAGCCCGUGGUCAUGUGUGUCAUGAAGCACCUGCCCAAGGUCCCUGAGAAGAAGCUGAAGCUGGUGAUGGCUGAUAAGGAUCUGUACAAGGCCUGUGCUGUGGAGGUGAAGAGACAGAUCUGGCAGGACAACCAGGCUCUCUUUGGGGAUGAGGUGUCACCCCUGCUGAAGCAAUACAUCCUGGAGAAGGAGAACAUUCUCUUCAGCAAUGACAUUUCCUUCUUGCAAAAUUUCUUCAGUCCGUCUCCCAAAACGAGACGUCAAGGAGAGGUGGUGCAGAAGCUGACCCAGAUGAUUGGCAAGAACGUGAAGCUCUAUGACAUGGUGCUGCAGUUCCUCAGGACGCUCUUCCUGCGCACCAGGAACGUCCACUACUGCACGCUCAGGGCUGAGCUCCUCAUGUCCCUGCACGACCUGGAGAUCAGUGAGAUCUGCACUGUUGAUCCCUGCCACAAGUUCACCUGGUGCCUGGACGCCUGCAUUCGGGAGAAGUUCGUGGACAACAAGAGAGCUCGGGAGCUGCAAGGAUUCCUGGAUGGGGUGAAGAAAGGACAAGAGCAAGUGUUGGGGGACUUAUCAAUGAUCCUGUGUGAUCCCUUUGCCAUUAACACCUUAGCCUUGAGCACCAUAAGGCACCUGCAGGACCUGGUUGGGCAGGACACCUUACCCAGGGAAAGCCCAGAUCUACUGCUGCUCCUUAGGAUGCUGUCUUUGGGACAGGGGGCCUGGGACAUGAUUGACAGCCAAGUCUUCAAGGAACCAAAAAUGGAAGCCGAGCUGAUCACCAGGUUCCUGCCCCUGCUGAUGUCCUUUGUGGUGGAUGACCACACCUUCACAGUGGAUCAGAAGCUGCCCUCGGAGGAGAAGGGACCAAUCCCCUACCCCAGCGCCAUUCCCGAGGCUUUCACCAAGUUCCUGCAGGAGAACAGGAUAGCUUGUGAGAUUGGGCUGUAUUACAUUCUUCACAUCACCAAACAGAGGAACAAGAAUGCCUUUCUGAGGCUGCUGCCAGCACUAGUUGAGACAUUCAGUGACUUGGCCUUCAGUGACAUUUUCCUGCACCUGCUCACUGGUAACCUCACCCUGCUCAGUGAUGAGUUUGCACUCGAGGAGUUCUGCACCAGUCUCUUUGAUGGCUUCUUCCUCACUGCCUGCUCCAGGAAGGAGAACGUGCACAGACAUGUGCUCAGGCUGAUGCUGCAUCUGCACCACAAAGUGGCCCCAGCCAAGCUGGAGUCUCUCCAGAAAGCUUUGGAGCCCACCAAGCAGAGUGGGGAAGCUGUGAAGGAGCUUUACAACCAGCUCAGUGAGAAGCUGGAGCUGCGCAAGCCCAGCCCGGCUGAAGUGACUGAGACUCCCUCCAUGGAGCUGCCCCUGCCCACCGUGCCCACCCCAGCCUCACGCUGAGCUGGGCUGCAGGGCAGGCCUGAGGGGAGAGGAGCUGAGCCUCUGCUGCCUUCUGAGUGCCUCUGCCCACGGGGUGGAGACAAAAACAAAGCCACUGAAGCUCCUUCAGGAUUCGCUGCAGUUCACCCAGCUCACUGGCUCUGGCUGGUUAGAAAACUGUAUGCAGUGCAUUGCAAGGUUUACUUUUCUUAAACAUAGCUGAGUGUCUUCUUGUAGAUCCACUUGAAAUCUGACUGUACAUUUUUAAAAGAAAAAAAAGAAAAUGCAUAUUUUUAAGCUUAGCAUCCUGUGUCUUUAAGCUCUGCUCAGUGAGUGUGGAGCCCUGGUGUGGCUGAGCAGGUGCUGUGGGCUCUUGGGGCUGAUCAAGGCCUUGGUCUGCCCCUCGGGGUCUCUGGACAAGAUGCUCAAGAGGAGGAAGACUCAGAGGAGAUGAGCUCCACUGAAAGCAGUUCCUGUUUGAGGUUCCAGCUCGUGUAGCACAUGGUAAGAUGUGCUGCACUAUCAGAGAUGUCCAGUGCUGCCACCAACCCAGGCAGCAGUCAGCAGCCUCUUCUCAGAUGGGCUUCCACAAAGAAAGCCAGAAAUGGAACCAGUCUCUCCUCUUUCCUUCCAGCUUUUCUCCAAAGGACUACCUUGAAGUGAGUCCUGGAGCCAGUUACAAAGGGCAAGGCUGGGAUGUUC